AAUCUGAUAUCCAGCCUUUUAUCACUGGGAUGCAGCAGUGUUCAAGCUGAAGGUCAGAAGUUGAUUAUCGGCAAAAGCAUGCUGUAGGGCAGAAAGGACCCCACAUCUCAGGAUAAUGCCUUGUCACAAGGACAUGUACAGUAUACGAGUCAUAAACUGUAAUAGCUGUCAAGUGGUUCUAGACUGUGAGUUACAGCAUGUCCAUCUCUGGUGUGGAAAGAAUUAACGAUAGCUAAAAAUUAGACAUAUUUCUGCCAUGGAGAGGAUUCCGAGGAGGGGAAGGCUGCAGUGAAAGCGGUGGCAUCUACAUCGAUCAAGCGUUUCACCAAUCCCAGCAAUAUUGAUCGCCACGGCUUAAACAUAUCUUCUGACUUUGUCAGAGAAAGAGAUGAGCUUAUUAUUUGCAUGAUGUGAUAGUUUGUGAUGGAAAAAAAAGAGCUUUCACGAAACAGUUGUGAUGUAGACUGUCAAGCGACAUGCAAAUAGUGCAACAUGUAGUCCCAUAAAGUAAAAAACAAAAACAAAAAACAAAAAUCAAAAGAAAGCGUCGCAUUGUCGGCAAAGGACUUGUGACGAAGGUACAUGAUCCUUAAUUCUGUGCUGUGUAGUUGUGCGCAAAGAUGAGGAAGACGAGUUUCCACGAGAGUAGCUAUAGGGCGGAAUACUGGGAAAAGCCCACUCGGCGCCACACGGUGAGCGUUCCCACCAUCACAAGUGGAGGCACCAGGGAAAUGCCGACCGUUCCGAUGGGGAGGCCCCGACCCCUCCCAUACUCCUCCCAGCUCAUGCAGGGCCUGGGCAUGGAGUUGGGAGGGUUGAGGGGACCCCACAGUACCCCAUCAACAGUACAAGUGGAUUUCCUGAUGCCCAACAGCAUCAUAAUCCAGCACCAUGUCAGCACAAGCGCCACACUUGCGGAGAUUAAGGAAGAACUGUGGGAACGUGCCAGUGAGUAUCCUCUGUUUGGAACACUGCAUGAGCUCUCAGCUUACCACUUCGCCUGUGUCAGUCAGAGAUCCGAGACCCUUGAGCUCAUGGACGAGAGCAAGUGUUUGCAGGAAAUCAACCCUUUCCUCUGUGUGCUAAAGGUGGUGGAGCGGAAAGGCAAUGAAACCGAGAAGUUACUUAACCUGCAGAUUGGUCAGCUGAUCGGCAAAGAACUUCAGAAGUUUGAUGCCCUCAAGAAUCCAGAGGUUAAUGAAUUUAGAUGGAAGAUGAAGGCUGUUUGUGAUGAGGUUGUGGCUUCAAGAAAUAAACUCACAUGGACUGAACAAGUACAAUAUCAAUAUCCAGCACGAAUUGCAGCAAACGAACAGUUGCCGAACUAUAUCUUGGACAGGCUGCAAGAUGGACAGCUUUUGUUGUCUGUACAGUUUGAUACAGCAAUGCAGGUGCAGUCUACCUUCACUUUCCGGGUCAGACCGGAUAUGAAGACAGUCGAUUUCCUUGACAUGGCACUUGCAAAACUCUCAAUAACAUUUGUGAUAGAAGAAGCUGCAGAAAACUAUGUCCUAAAGACACCUGGAAAGGAAGAGUACCUGAUAGCCGAUGUGCAUUUGUCGCAGUAUAUGUAUAUCCGUGAACAUGUGUGCCAAGACCAGUUUUCGCCAAUUCCCCUAGUCAUUGUUCAUCGAGGAACGAUUCAAGUCGACAUUGAUAACAUCUGUGAAAGGAUUGCCGAUGGAGUUAAGCACAUGAGGAACUCCUUCUCUGGCAUGACGCUCAGCAAGAAGAAGAACGUCACCUUCAUUUCAUCGUGGUCCAUUACGGAUCGCUUCAGCUUCCAGAUUGGGACGAUCACCAAGCUUAAUCUGGAUUCAGACGACCAGAAGGAGGUGGUGGUAGAAGCUGGCUUGUACCACGGCAGUAAUGCCUUGUGCGAGACCCAGACUACACAGGAGGUCAGUGUACGGGAUGGAGAGGCUGUGAUAGAGGAGACACUCAGCUUUGGCAUUGAUGUCUGCAACAUUCCCCGGAGCACUCGUCUCUGCUUGGCCAUUUAUGAAGUGACGCGUAGUGCCAAAGCCACCAAAGCGAGAUCGUCUAUUGGCACAAGGCCGGAGCUGUACAAGAAUCCCCUUGCAUGGGUCAACACGGCAGUAUACGACUACCGCAACCAGCUGAAGGGAGGAUCUAUGUCACUCUAUGCAUGGAAGAUCUAUGAGGAUCAGUCGGGAGAUGUGGGCAUGCCAAACCCCCUUGGCACCCUGGUCAGCAACCCAGACCACGAUCAGGCUGUCACGCUGACUGUGUCUUUCACGAAGUACCACUCAACAUCGGCCAUCAUCUUUCCAUCGAGAGACAAGAUCAUAUCCGCUGCAAAGGAGAAUCCAUCCACAGAUGAGAUGGUUCCAACGGUAAGCAAGAUGGAAGAAGUCCGUCAGAUAGCCGAAAGAGACCCGUUAACAGAGCUUCAUGAACAAGAGCGUAAACUGAUCUGGUCACUGAGGAAUACCUGUCGACAGAAGAUCCCACAUCUUUUGCCAAAACUCCUGCAGUGUGUGGAAUGGGAUAACAAGGCAGAGGUGGCAGAGAUGAUAGCACUGUUGGAAGAGUGGCCCAAACUAUCACCAGACCGAGCGUUGGAGCUUCUAGAUUACGCCUACCCUGAACCCGCUGUUCGAAGUUAUGCCAUAGAGUGCCUAGCACCUAUUAGCGAUGAUGACCUGCUUCUGUACCUGCUGCAGUUAGUUCAAGCUCUGAAGCACGAAAAUUACCUGUAUUGUCAUCUAGUUGAGUUUCUCCUUAAUAGAGCCCUCAGGAAUAUGCGAAUCGGCCAUUUCUUCUUUUGGCAUCUGCGGUCAGAGAUGCAUGUUCCCUCUGUAUCCAUUCGCUUUGGUCUGAUACUGGAGGCGUACUGCAGGGGAUCUGUGGAACAUAUGAAGAUCUUGCUCAGACAGUUAGAUGCACUAAAUAAAUUUAAAGAGGUCAGAGGUGUUGUCAAUGAAAACCGUUCAGUAAGAGACCGCGCUGAAAGGAUGAUGAAGGAGUACAUGAACCAACCCCAUACCCGCUCUGCCCUGUCGCACUUCCUCAACCCCAUAGAUCCCAUGUACAGAAUCAGCAACAUCAACUCUGACGAAUGCAAGUUCAAGGACAGCAAGAUGGCCCCUCUCUGGCUGGUCUUCGAGAACGGGGACUCACACGGCAAGAAGAUCUACCUCCUGUACAAGUACGGAGAUGACCUUCGGCAGGACAUGUUGACUCUGCAGAUGAUCAAGAUUAUGGACAAGCUCUGGAAGGAUCAUGGGCUUGAUCUCAGAAUGAAUCCAUACAGCUGUAUGUCUACAGACAACCGGGAGGGUAUCAUUCAAGUGGUGCUGAAUGCUGAGACAAUUGCCAAUAUACAGAGGAAAAAGGGAGUGUUCUCAGCCACCUGUGCAUUCAGGAAGGGGUCUUUAUUGGCCUGGUUGAAGGAUCACAACACCACAGAAGCCAUGCUGAACAAGGCUAUUCAGGAGUUCACCCUUUCGUGUGCUGGGUACUGUGUGGCCACAUACGUUCUCGGUGUGGCUGACCGUCACUCAGACAACAUCAUGAUAAUGAAAAACGGACAGCUGUUCCACAUCGACUUCGGUCACAUUCUGGGACACUUCAAGGAGAAGUUUGGCAUCAAGCGAGAGAGGCAGCCGUUUGUCCUGACUCAUGACUUCAUCCAUGUGAUCACCAAGGGCAGGACGCGCUCGGAGGAAUUCAUACAGUUUAAGCUGUACUGUGAGCAGGCCUUCCUAAUCCUGCGACGCUAUGGAUCCUUCAUCAUAUCACUGUUUGCCAUGAUGAUCUCGACUGGCCUGCCUGAGUUACAGAGCGAGAAAGAUCUGGACUACUUAAAGGAAACUCUUAAACUGGACUUGACAGAAACCGAUGCCUUGGAGCACUUCAGAUCUAAGUUCGAUGAGGCCUUGUCAAAUUCGUGGAAGACCUCCGUCAACUGGGCCAUCCACUCCAUGGCCAAGAAUAACCGUUGAGAAAGGCCUUCCGUUAGACCUUUCCUGUGUGAAGCUGUUAGAUUUGGCAGGAAGAGUAAAGCUCCCAGAAGGCAAGGGUACACAUGGCUCAUAAAGCAAGAUAUGUGUGUAUGUGUAUAUAUAUGUAUGUAUGUGUGUUAAAAUGUUUAUACGUAUGAUACACACACAUACUACCAACAGUUUUCACAGUACUUAAGAAGCAAAAUGAUUUUUUUUUGGAGCCAAUUUGAUUAGUUGUAGGCAGGACUGGAAUACAUGUUGAGUUGGUGGAUGAUCAUAGUCUUCAGAUAAUUUUACUUUUAAAAAGUUCCUAUGUUGUAAGUUCAGCUUGCUGUUACUCUCUGGUGUAGUAUAGUGGUGUACCACUUAAUGUACCAUAUAAGAAAUCAGAGUUCUAUAUCAGACUGCACAACCUUACAGAUGACCGGUGAUACCAGCCUGGUGUUUUUAUCAGUCCUGUGACUAAAUGCAUGCUAGGGAAUCAUAUUGUAUAUAGCAGUUAUGCUAUGUUCUGUACAUGAAAUGCAUAUUACAUUAAACUCUUGAUUUCCUUUACUUACCUGAUAUUGGAAGGGGUAAAAUGUGUCAGACAUAAAGGAGUAACAUUUGUAACCUGAAUUUUAUUUUGUUAUUUGUUAAGGUUUCUGAUCCUCAUGGCUUUAAAAGCUAUAUUUGGAAUGAUAUACGAAUGUUUAUAAAACUAACAUGUUACAUGAUAAUGUGCAUGCAUAUGUUGUACAUCUCAGGCCAAAGGAAUUGUAUCUAAAGACAGAAAAGAUAGAAAGAAAGACAGAAAGAAUUUCUUUGGUUGAGGUUCACCCUCCUAUAUCACAUCACCUGAAGAUAAGAUUAUGAUAUAGAUGAUAAGAAUUAUGCUUAUGUAUGUGAAACAGUCAAAUUAUAUUAAUUCAGAUUUCCUCCUGAACUUUACUGAUUUACCAGUAAGUUAUAAGAUAAGUUCCAUGUCACAAUUUGGUGAAUAGUCUGAGUAAUGUUUGCAUUUCUUGCACGUGUUGUAAGGGUGUCAAAUGAGCCGUGUAUGGUAUAUUUACUGUAUCACGGCUACUUACAAAUUAGGUUAUAUUGUGUUAUGUAGACCUUGACUUCAGUUCAACAUCAUAUCAGACGUUACAGAAGUAUGGAAAGAUGUCUGUAGUGACAGUAACUCGUAGUGCUUAUAUUAGAUACCAAAAAAAUGUAAUGUUUCAUAUUCAGGUUGCUAGUGAUAAGAUGUUGGGUGUAAGAAAAGUCUUGAUUUUUAUUUGAUUUUACGACUUUGAGGAUUGAUUGUAGUAUUUCAUAUUUCCAUGCCUAUCCUAGUACUUACAAAAAGCAUGGAGCUAUGAAAGUGUACAUGAAAGGGAAUAAAAAAUUUCUCAUUACUUCAUGUUGGUAAUGGGGAGUUUUUUUUUUUUUUUGUCAUUGUUGUUGUCAUGAUGGUAUUUGGAGAAAUAAGAGCACAAUUGUUAUAAGUCACUGAUGAAUAUGAUUUUGAUGACUGCAGUCUUGGAAGUUUUUCAUCUCCAUGUCUUGUCUUCCAGCUGGCUUUUGAGUACCCCGUUUCCAUUUGCUGCCGUCUCUUAUUACUUAUUUCUGCCCUUGCUAUUUUUUCUUCCUUUGUGUGUUUUUUUUUCUUCUUCUUCUUUUUCUUUUUUUUCCCUUGCCAUUAUUCCAUAUUUCAUGGUGUUUUCAUGUUUAUCGAGCAAGUUGCCAACUUUAAAAGGUGUUGAUAUAUUCCAGUCCUGUGUACUCCUCUCCUUCUUCCCUUCCCCCCCUCCCAUUUCCUGGACAGUUAAGAGUAGAAAGCAAAUAAUGUAAAUACAGUGGAAAUGAUCUGAAAUGUCAGAAAACCUUGUUAAAAAGGUUGUCCUAGUCACUUCUGUUAAACUGUGAUGGUACUUUCCAAUAUUUACAAUGGAACAUUUUAAAUUUUAGUAUAUACACAUAAUGUCAAUUAUGGUACUGCAAACAUUAGUUUCUUUCAACAGUAUUAUCAAAACUUAUAUCAUUACAUAAUGUAUACUUACAUCAGUUUAUUAACCCAAGCUCCUAAGUGAUCUAUGGCAUUAAUCAUAGCUAUCUCAGAUAUUGCCCAUUGUUACGUUAACAUGUUGGUAGGUUUCGGAACCGGCAUAGUAAUGUUACUUUCUCCGAGCGCUGUCUCUGCAGAUGUUGGUCUCUAUAGUUAAAUCAUGGAAAAUAUCACUCAGUAUAAUGUGACUGGUGCCUGAAGACCAGAGUUUAACAUAUAUAUUGUAAUUAUUUGUUUGUGUUGUUAUUUUUCUAUAUUAUUUUUUUCAUUAUUGUUAUUAUUAUUAUUAUUAUUAUUAUUAUUAUUAUUAUUAAUGGUAUGGUUGUAGUUGUUAUUAUUAUCAUUAUUAUUAUUAUUAUUAUUAUUAUCAUAAUCAUCAUUGUUAUUAUUAUUAUUAUUAUUAUUAUUAUUAUUAUUAUUAGUUGAGACAAUUAUCAUUAUAAUGAUUACAUUAGUCAGUUUUGUCUUUAUAUAUAUGUAAAUUAAAUUUAUCGAGUUUUUACUUUCUAAAAUAUUUUUAUGGGUGAUGAAAUGUUAUUAUAUAAUAAAAGAAAACUUCUUGAUAA